CCUUUCUUUCCCAUUCCCCUUUCUCUUCCUCAUCGCUCGUCGUCGUAACGUCGUCAAUGGUGAUGGAGGACAACGAGAGUUGCGCUAGUAGACUUAUUUUCGACGCCUUACCUGCCUCCCAGGCCACCAUGGACCGCCGUGAGCGCAUCAAAAUGGAGGUCUUCGACGAGGUUCUCCGCCGUCUCCGUCAAUCCGACAUAGAAGACGCUCAUCUCCCUGGUUUCGAAGACGACCUCUGGACUCACUUCAAUCGCCUCCCUGCCAGGUAUGCUUUGGAUGUGAAUGUCGAGAGGGCCGAAGACGUCUUGAUGCACAAGCGAUUGCUGCAUUCUGCUUACGAUCCCCAAAAUCGCCCUGCCAUCGAUGUUCAUCUCGUCCAGGUUCAACCUGCCGGGAUCUCUGCUCACUCCGACUCUCCUACUAAUGAUGCUGCUCAUUCUUCUCCUACCCGCAAAAGCAUUCAUCCGCCGCCUGCCUUUGGUUCAUCCCCUAAUCUUGAAGCACUUGCACUUGCAGCUACUAUCUCCCAAGACGACGAUGGAGACAACUCCGUUCAUAACAAUUCACUCUAUUCACGGCCCUUGCAUGAGAUCACUUUUUCCACAGAAGACAAGCCUAAACUCCUUUUUCAGUUAACUGCCUUGCUUGCUGAGCUUGGGCUGAACAUUCAAGAGGCGCAUGCUUUCUCUACAACUGAUGGCUACUCACUAGAUGUUUUUGUUGUUGAUGGCUGGCCGUACGAGGAAACAGACAGACUUAGAAUAUCAUUGGAGAAAGAAGCAGCAAAGAUCGAGUUGCAGAGCCAAAGCUGGCCUAUGCAGCAAUCCUUCUCUCCUGAAAAGGAAAAUGGGCAAACAGGUGCCAGAACUCAUGUUCCAAUACCCAAUGAUGGAACUGAUGUUUGGGAAAUCAACCUUAAACACUUAAAAUUUGGGCAUAAAAUAGCAUCUGGUUCUUAUGGAGAUCUGUAUAAAGGUACAUAUUGUAGCCAGGAAGUUGCUAUCAAAGUCCUCAAGCCAGAGCGUCUAGAUUCAGAGCUAGAGAAAGAGUUUGCCCAAGAAGUGUUUAUUAUGAGGAAAGUUCGACACAAAAAUGUUGUUCAGUUCAUUGGUGCUUGCACCAAGCCUCCACAUCUGUGUAUCGUUACAGAAUUCAUGCCCGGUGGAAGUGUAUAUGACUAUCUACACAAGCAAAAAGGCGUCUUUAAGCUUCCAACUUUGUUUAAAGUAGCUAUAGAUAUUUGCAAAGGGAUGAGCUACUUACACCAAAAUAACAUAAUUCACAGAGAUUUGAAGGCUGCCAACCUCUUAAUGGACGAAAAUGAGGUGGUUAAGGUUGCAGACUUUGGGGUGGCCAGAGUGAAAGCACAAACUGGAGUUAUGACAGCUGAAACUGGAACAUAUCGCUGGAUGGCUCCAGAGGUAAUAGAACACAAGCCAUAUGAUCACAAGGCUGACGUAUUCAGCUACGGGAUUGUGCUAUGGGAGUUGUUGACUGGGAAGCUUCCAUAUGAAUACAUGACGCCAUUGCAGGCAGCAGUAGGGGUUGUCCAAAAGGGAUUACGGCCUACAAUACCAAAGAACACGCAUCCAAAAUUGGCAGAGCUAUUGGAGAGAUUGUGGGAGCAGGAUUCGACGCAGAGACCAGACUUCUCAGAGAUCAUAGAGCAGCUGCAAGAGAUAGCCAAGGAGGUAGGAGAAGAAGGAGAGGAGAAGAAAAAAUCGUCAACAGGACUAGGAGGGGUCGUUCAAUCUUUUCUACUUACGAUCAAACAGACUAUCUUAACCCUAACUCUCGAUCUGGUGGGGACGAUGAGUGGACGGCCGGCGAAAAGGCCGAGGAUCGACCAUUCCGUCGUGAAUGUCUGGGAAAGGGAGGUCGGUCUCUUGCCCAAUCGCAGUUUCUCCAACCGUUUUUCAGCCUCCGAGGAUCUAUUGCGCCGCCUCGGACUUCACAAGAAGCUCGACAAGCAUAAGGGUUGUGUAAACUCAACUGCUUCUGUCAAACUCUCAUUCGAUUCCGGCCACUUCAAUAAUGUAUUUCAAGCCAAAUUUAUGCCUUUCUCUGACGAUCGUAGCAUAGUCACAUCUGCUGCUGAUAAGCAGGUCCGCUAUUCCAAAAUUCUUGAAUCUGGACAAGUAGAGACUUCUUUGUUGGGUAAACAUCAAGGACCUGUCCACAAGUUGGCUGUUGAGCCUGGAAGUCCAUUCUCAUUCUAUACUUGUGGUGAGGAUGGGGCUGUUAAGCAUUUUGAUCUUAGGACUCGGGUGGCUACAAAUCUUUUCACUUGUAAAGAAGCAAAGUUCAAUUUAGUUGUCUACUUGCAUGCAAUUGCAGUUGAUCCGAGGAACCCUGGUCUUCUUGCGGUGGCUGGAAUGGAUGAGUAUGCUCGUCUCUAUGAUAUUCGCAGCUAUCGCUCAGAGGGUCUGGCAUUCUCAGAUCAAAGUGAGCUCCUUGCUUCAUAUAGUGACGAGUUCAUCUAUCUUUUCACCCCUGAUAUGGGGCUAGGCCCAGCCCCAUAUCCCUCUUCAACUAAGACUGAGGAGAGGAUGACGCCUCAGGUUUAUAAAGAGCACAAGAACCGUGAAACAGUCAAAGGUGUCAACUUUUUUGGACCCAAGUGUGAGUAUGUGGUAAGUGGUUCUGACUGUGGCCGAAUAUUCAUCUGGAGGAAGAAAGACGGAGAGCUCCUCCGUGCCAUGGAAGCAGACAAACAUGUUGUUAACUGUAUAGAGUCUCAUCCUCACUUGCCACUGAUGUGUAGCAGUGGAAUAGAUACUGAUAUCAAAAUAUGGACUCCUGGAGGAACCGAGAAACCUGUGUCGCCAGCAAAUGAAAAACAGGCUUCGUGUUUUGGUAACCUGCAAUGGUUCGACGGAUAUAAUGUGGAUGGUGAUGAUGAUUCUGACGAUGAAUCUAGUGAAGAGAGUUCAGAUGAUGAUGAUAGUGCGGAAGAGGAAGAGGAAGAGAAUGGUGAAGUUGAAGUUGAUGAUGAUGAGGAUGGGGAUGGGGAUGAAGGAUGAGAUUUGUAUAGGACAUGUAUUUAUCUAAAAAGGGUACAAAAUACUAGGACUCGAUAGACAUUUUCAUCCUCAAGCAAUGAUAAUUGGCUUCUGUUGUCAGCUUAUUCAAAGAACUAUCCAAAAUUCCAAAGUAAUAAUUUAAAUAAUAAUUU